AACUGGGCUCACAUCUACUUUGCUGUGUCUGAACACGAUGCCCAGAUUAAUGCCAGGCAGUUGACUGUCAUUAACUCCUUUGUGUUUUGUUUUCUCUCUUCGUGGGCUGCAGAUCAUCUUGACAGUUUUGCAGAAUUUGUACGCCCCAUGGUUGCGUCUGGUUGCUGUAUCUCCUGCUCUCUUUACGCCUUCAUCUGUUCCUGAACUCAGAAGACGGAAUAUAGCGGAACAGCCAGUAACUAACUUUCACCCGACAGAGCACAAACUAGCACGUGGUGUAAAUGUCUGUUAGCAGCAGCCUCAGGACUGACUUCAUGACAGCGAUACACGCAGCUCUUUCCAAAGACUCUGGCCUAAGGGUUGGCAAGCCUCCACUGUCCACAAAUAACAAGUCAUGUCAGUAAACACACCCUUUAAUCUGGCGUUGCUUCCUUUUGAUUUUGAUUAAAUCUACUUUCCACCCCCCCCCCCCUGUUUUUUUUUGUAAAUGUUGUGACAUCUGAAAGUAGCCGGAAGAGUGCUUCUCUCUAAGGAAGAGGCAGGAGAACUGGACGAGCCGGAGCGCCGUUGUUCGCUGCUGGAUUUUAGCAGAAGGUGCGGUUUCCAAGUCUUCUGAAUGACCGCCCAGGUUACAGUGCUGUACUUUGCCAAGAGUGCUGAACUCUCAGGAAUUCAUUCUGAGGUGCUUUCUGUUCCACAUCAGCUUACUUCUUUACAACUAUGGGAGGAAAUCGUUAGGAAACAUCCCAGACUUGGUACCAUAAGGGAUCAUAUCAUUCUUGCUGUUCGUCAGGAAUUCAUCAUCCUGGGAGAUCAACUUCUGUUCCUCGAGCCAGGAGACGAGAUUGCUGUCAUCCCCCCUAUCAGUGGGGGCUAGUUCCUGG